AAGUGUACAACAGACCUAGAUGCGUUACGAAUAGGAGAAAAAGAAGUUUGGGAUGGGUGACCGAAUGCUCAUCGCUGCUGAGCAACAAAUGCAUACAUAUUUUUAAGUUUAUGGUUCUGGGCAGAUUCGGCUUAUGCGCAGAGAAGUCAAAUAAAAGGUUAAAAUCAGUUUUCAUGUAAUUAGAGAAAUUGUUAAGAUGUCGGGAGAAGAACCUGUUUCAAAUGUCUCAACAGAAAAUACAGGACAACCAAUAACAAACUCAAUGCAAGGAACAAGUAAUAAUGUAGAAACAAAUAACACUCCAAGACCAGAUCAAGCCAGCAGGCAAAAUAAUCUUCAACGAAUUCAACAGCGGAAACAGCAAGUUUUCAAUUUAUCACAACUAAAAAAAUUACUGAAACUGGCUAACUACAGUCAGUGCCAGGAAAAAGAUUGCAAGUGUAGUGGUUGGAAAAGUACCCAAACACUAGCUAAAUCUCCCAAAAGUGAAGCACAACCAAUUGCUACAUUUAGUGAUCCAUGUAGAAGUUGUGAUCAUACCUUGGAGAAUCAUAUUUCUCAUUUGAUGUCUUUAAGUGAAGACACUAUAAAUAAUUUAUUAGGAAUGGUGGUAGAUGUUGAUAACAUUUUUAUGGGUAUGCACAGAGAAGAGGAUCCAGAUACAAAAAGAGUGUAUUAUUAUCUGUUUAAGCUGUUGAGAAAAAGUAUAUUAGGUAUGACAAAGCCAUCAGUGGAAGGACCAUUAGGACAACCACCUUUUGAGAAGCCUAGUAUAUCAAAAGCAGUGACAAACUUUGUCGUUCACAAAUUUACACAUCUGGGUCAACGAGAAUGGCAAUCAAUGUAUGAUCUGGCAAAAAUGUUUCUACAUUGUUUGAAUCAUUGGAAUUUUGAAAGUCCAAGUGCUCGAAAAAUACUUGUUAGUCAAGAUGAAGCAGCUGCUUAUAAGAUCAAUUAUACUAGAUGGCUGGUAUUCUGCCAUGUCCCUGCAUUUUGUGAUUCAUUGCCUCACUUUGACACAACACUUGUGUUUGGCAGAACUUUAUUACAAGCAGUUUUCAAAUCAGUAUGCAAGCAGCUUAUGGACAAAUGUCACAAUGAAAAAGAAAGAAUGUCAGCUGAAAAGAGGGUUCUGGUGUUAAACCACUUUCCCAAAUUUCUUUCAAUGCUUGAAGUUGAAAUUUAUACAGAAAGUUCUCCUAUUUGGGAUCCAGAAUACAAGCAUAUUCUUCCUCCACAUUUGCAAACAUCUGUAGAAACGAAAAUGAAUCAGAAUCGCCGAACAGGAGGUGAAUUCGAAAAAGUUACAGUCAUGCCAAAUGAUAGAGACAAUUUUACAACGAUUAAUCUUAGUCCAGGUAUGAAGAAAUUGCAGGGUAAAAGAGUACACACGGAAAUGCGAAACGACGCGAAACGAAGAAAGACCGAAGAAGUUUUUGAGGACCUGUCAGAAGAGACUGUAACGAAAAUUAUAGCAACUAUCAAAGAUCCUAACUACAUGUUUGGAUUGGACGCGAUAUUUCCACCUAAUGCACCAAGAGAUGAAACUCCAAAAAUGGAGGAAGCUCGUGGAAUUAUCGAGUUCCACAUUAUUGGCAAUAGUUUGACACAACCAGUGUCAAAACAAACGAUGCUUUGGCUGAUAGGUCUUCAUAAUGUUUUUAGUCAUCAGCUCACCAGAAUGCCAAUGGAGUACAUUUCACAACUAGUCUUUGAUCCAAAACACAAAACUCUUGCUUUGAUCAAAGACGGCAGACCUAUUGGUGGCAUUUGCUUCCGUAUGUUCGGUUGCCAGGGUUUCACCGAAAUCGUAUUCUGCGCCAUGACGUCCGAGCAGCAGGUCAAAGGAUACGGCACUCAUCUGAUGAAUAUGCUCAAAGAUUAUCAUAUUAAACAUAACAUUCUGCACUUUCUCACGUUUGCCGAUCAAUUUGCUAUUGGCUACUUCAAGAAGCAAGGCUUUAGCAAAGAAAUUAAGUUACCGCGUACAACGUAUCAGGGUUAUAUUAAGGACUACGAGGGUGCAAUGCUGAUGCACUGCGAGUUAAAUCCAAAGAUAGUCUACACGGAAUUCACUACAGUAGUACGCAAGCAACGCGAAAUCGUUAAGCAGUUGAUCUACCAACGUCAGCAAGAAAUUCAAAAAGUUCAUCCUGGUCUGACGUGUUUUAAAGAAGGCGUACGUGGUAUUCCUGUGGAGGCGAUUCCCGGAAUUCGUGAAACUGGCUGGAAGAAUUAUGCUCAGACGAGGACGAGAGGUGUCGCAAAAGGAUCGCAAAGUUCGGAACCUAUGGAGGCAUGUCUUGAUGUUACUGAUUCGCUGCACAAUGCGUUAAAGAGCGUUUUAACUAGCGUGAAGAAUCAUGGUACUGCCUGGCCAUUUUUGAAGCCUGUUGAUAAGAAUGAAGUGCCUGAUUAUUAUGACCACAUUAAGUAUCCAAUGGAUCUCAAAACAAUGACAGAGCGCCUAAAGUCACGAUAUUACGUCACGCGUCGUUUGUUCAUUGCCGACAUGACGCGAAUCUUUACCAAUUGUCGAUUGUAUAACGGACCAGAUACAGAGUAUUACUCGUGUGCCAACUCGCUAGAGAAGUACUUCCAGACGAAGAUGAAGGAAAUCGGCCUUUGGGACAAAUAGUCGAGAGCAGUGGGGCCGCUGAUAAGCGACUGCCUUCACCCGACCUCAUCCUCGUCCUCAUCCUCAACGUCAUCCUCUGAGUCCGUACUUUUCGAGGAUAUACCUUGUAUUGAGAUUGAUGAUUGAACAGUGAUAUACUUGGUUUUUGAAUACUGAAAUGGGUAUUGAAUGAAAUCGGUAUCGAAAAAUUGAUUCAAAUUGAAUGAUUCUGCAUUUACAUCGCUUGGAUAAAAAAAAUCAAUUUGAUUUACGUGUGAAUAUGGGCAUGUUGAAUAUAUGACUUAGAUUUAGUUAUAUUAUAAAUAAAUAUGACAAAAAUACUAGGCUUAAAGAAGAAGAGAGAAAACAAAUGUUGGCAGGACGCUUACCAGUUCCAACAAAUUAGACUGAAAUGGUGUGAAUUAAGUAUAUUCAAAUGUACUUUAAAACUAAUAUCGACGCACAAAAAUUUAAAAGUAAAAGAGCAUAAAUGUAUUUUAUUGUUCAUCUGUCAGAAAAAAUACCGAUUCGGGAUUGAUUUGUCUUUUUAAAGUUUUUCACUUUUAUCAAUUUUUUAAUAUUUGUUGUACUAUACAACAAUCGAUUUGCAUGGCGUUUCAUCGAAUUUGAAUGAAAUUUCAUACAUUGAAUUAAUGUAUUGAUUUUUUGUGUGAUUUGUUGACUGCCAAAAGAAUGUGUAAAGAACACGAUGAAGAUCGGAAGAAUUAUGUUAUGUAGAUGCCGCGGCGGUUAGUUUCACAGUCUAAUUAAUGUCAUUAAACAGGCAGUUAAUUAAGGAAUUUAAUACGCCAAGGAGCGGACUUGAUAGUGUGCUCAUGGCUAUGGAACGUUGAACGUUCCCUCGGCUCGGCUCUUUUUUACCUUAUAAGGCGAGAUCGCUCCCGGAAAAAUUCCGACUGAUCCGCACUCUUUUCGAACGCUGUACGCGUAUAGAUUUUUUUUCCUUACCAUCACAGCGUGACAAACGCUUUUCACCUUGAAAAUGGGAUGAAAAAAAUUUUGAUUAUACUUAUAUUUAUCAUGAAUAGUAUCACGGAUAGAAAGCACAUUAUUUCUGAUUGACUAUGGGAAUGUACUUAGAAAAUUAUUGGUGUUAGAAUUUUAUGAUUGAGCAAAUUGACGGAUACACAACCCGUAAUAAAAUAAGUGCGAUUAACCCAUCCAAAAUCUAAAUAAACCAGUAAUUAGUUGCAUAGUUCUUAUAAGAAAUGAGUUUUUAGUAUAAGUAAUAAAAAGAGAAUUGUGCUUUGUGAAACGUUAAAAGAUAGAUUUUUGUAGAUAUUCUCUCUGAUGUAUGAUAAAAACAUUUAUUUCCAAUACAUAAAACGUUUGCUUGAAAAAGAUAUUUUUUUAUCGAUUUUUAUUUCCUUUUUAUCAAAAUAAUUUUUCUGAUUAAUUUUCCAUCAUAGCGGAUUUAAAUCACAAAACAUUUGAAAAAAAUAUUUUUUUCAGCUUAUAUUUUUCUAUUAUCAAAAUAAUUUAUUUUAUUUAAUUUUACAUCGCAGUUAACGGAUAUUCAAAUCGAAGUGAAAGUUAAAAAUCGCUGAAUAUCACGAGAGCAUGAAAUAGUUCUCGUUGUGAACUACAAACGUUGUAAAUAAAUUAUUCGGCAAGGUGUGAAAAGCGGAAGUUCGCAUAUACAUUACAAACACUGAUGAGCUUGCGUUUAAACGAUAGAUACGUAGAUUAAUAUUGUAUAAAGCCUUCUGAUGGUUUUGAUUACAACAAAUUUU